UCUGCUUCGUCUGCUGGAAUCACAGCGCCUCCUAUUGGAGACAAACAGCGUCACAUGAUUCAAUAAGAGACGCUGCUGAAAGUGAAAGUAACAUUUCAAUACGGACAUUUUGUUGAAGCUCUUUUCUGACAGAAGACAUCUUACAUCGGCCGUUUUGUGAGCAUCUCUGAUUUCAGAAGGGAGUGUCUAUACAGAGCCUUUGUAGAGGAUCAUUUUUAUUGAGUUUUAGGCUACACACUGAAAAUGGAACCAAAUACACGUUUUAAUGUGGUGUUGCUGGGAAAAACCAUGGCUGGGAUAAGUGCAUCAGGAAACACAAUACUUGGACGAGAAGCUUUUGUCUCAAAGAAAAGUUCUAGAUCAGUCACUCGAGAUGUUGCUGUUGAAUCUGGAUCCGUUGGUGGUAUGGAAGUCACUGUUUAUGACACACCAGGAUUAUUCAACACAGAGAUGAAUGAAGAUGAGAUUCAGCAGAUGAUAAAUGAAGAGGUUCUUCAGAGAUGUGAAUCAGGUCCCUGUGUGUUUCUGCUGGUGAUCAAAGCUGACAGAUUCACUGAAGAAGAAAGAGAAGCUGUGGAGAAGAUUGAGAAACUGCUGGGAGACGAGCGCCUGAAGAAAACCUGGAUCCUCUUCACCAGAGGAGACGAACUGGAGGAUGGAAACAUGACUAUAAAUGAAUUCCUUGAUGACACUGAAGAACUGAAGAACCUCAUUCAGAAAUAUGAUCAGAGAUACUACGUGUUCAACAACAAGGCAAAAGAACAAGCUGGACAAGUUCAAAUGCUGUUAAUAAAAAUAAUGAAGUCAUACUUCAACAUCAACGUCGAAGAAGAAGUAUCAGAGAUUCAGAAUUCAGCUGUAAGAAAAGGACUGAAAGAUUGUGAACAAGACAAGUCUGAACAAGUCUCCAGUCUCUCAUCCAGACGACUUGUUCUUCUGGGUAAAAGUGGAGUUGGGAAGAGUGCAACUGGAAACACAAUCCUGGGACAGAGAGAGCUUAUAUCUUUACAGCGAAUGAGUUCAGUAACCAGUGAAUGUUCAAAGGAACACACCACUGUUUCAGGCAGAUCUGUGACUGUAGUGGAUACUCCUGGAUUCUUUGAUACACAGAUGAAACCUGAAGAGUUAGCUGAGGAGAUAGCCAGAAGUGUUUAUAUAUCCAGUCCUGGACCGCACGCUUUCCUCAUUGUGUUGAGAGUAACAGACAGAUUCACUGAACACGAGCUGCAGAUUCCUCAGAUCAUUGAGAUGAUGUUUGGUCAGGAGGUGUUAAAAUACUCCUUCAUUCUCUUCACUCAUGGAGAUCUGCUGGAAGAAGAGUCAGUAGAGAAACUCAUUGAGCAGAACUGCAGAUUAAGAGAUCUAGUUCAGAAGUGUGGAGACAGAUAUCACGUCUUCAACAAUAAAGAUCUGAAUAACAGAGAGCAGGUGAAUGAUCUCCUGCAGAAGAUUGACUCAAUGAUAGAGCAGAAUGGAGGAGGACACUACACCAAUGACUCUUACCAGGACGUGGAGAACAUGCUGAAAACUAAACCAGAGGAACUGAAGAAGCUGUAUGAGAACAAAUUACAAGACAUACAGAGAGAACUGGAGGCCAGAUCUGCUGAAGAGAUGAAGAAACUGCAAGAGAGAAUAGAGGCACUGACAGCGUCUGAGCAAGAGAAAGAGGAGAAGAUCAAAGAGCUGGAACAACUAAACAAGUGUAAGAUGACAGAGUACAAGCGUUAUUAUGAAGCGAAGCUCAGAGAGACCAGACAGGAGGCAGAACGGACCUGUACUCAUCCGAAUAUCAUAAAAAAGAUCUGGCAGAAGUUCCUCAAAUUCAAAUCUUAAUCACAUUCUUGUAAUAUGUAUGUGAUGUUAGCCCCGGUCAGCCACACCUGAAGCAGCUGAGCAUAAGGUGAUAAUUACAGACAGGUGUGGUGGAGCACUGGAUGGCAUUAUAACCGAAGUCUGCGGGACAGUAGCUCUCAAUACGUGUAUGUUACAAGUAUGUGUAACAUUUGUAAUAUGUGUAUAUAUGUAGGCUACCAUUUAACAUCCAUGUACUGCGUAGAGUCUACAGCAGCGGUUCUUAAUCCCAGUCCACAUUUUGUAUGUUUCUCUGGUCACUUCAGAGGUUUGCUCUGUUUGAUCGUAAGUGCCCUGCGAAGUGGACUUAACCGGGUACUCUGCCCCGAUGCUCCAUUCACAGGGCAUUAAAGUGCUGAGACGUGAAUUCACACUGUAUUUAUUUACAGAGGUAUGUUAUCACACUUCAUACUUCUCCAGGACUGGAACUGAGAACCACUGGUCUACAGUAAUCCCAAUAUCUCCUGUAAAUAAGCAUUUGUACUGUAAAUACUACUACUAAGAUGAACUAUUCUACUCGUUUUCUUAAAAACAAACCUUGCUAGUGCACUGUGAUUAAGCUGACUGAGACUUGUUAUAGCACUUGCAUAUCAUUGCUCUUUUGUUGAUUUUGAUUGCUUCAGUUGUCCUCAUUUGUAAGUUGCUUUGGAUAAAAGCGUCUGCUAAAUGACUAAAUAUAAAUGUAAAUAAAGAUCUUGGCAUA